AUGGACUGCAGCUGCGUCUCCGACCUUCUCUUCGCCCCGCCUGCCCUGCCGGCUCUCUGGACCCCUGGGUUUGCCUUCCCGGAUUGGGCCUACAAGCCGGAGUCGUCCCCCGGCUCGAGGCAGAUCCAGCUGUGGCACUUUAUCCUGGAGCUGCUGCAGAAGGAGGAGUACCAGGGUGUCAUCGCCUGGCAGGGGGACUACGGGGAAUUCGUCAUCAAGGACCCCGACGAGGUGGCUCGGCUCUGGGGCAUCCGAAAGUGCAAGCCCCACAUGAAUUAUGACAAGCUGAGCCGGGCCCUGCGCUACUACUACAACAAGCGGAUUCUCCACAAGACCAAAGGGAAGAGGUUCACCUACAAGUUCAACUUCAGCAAAGUCGUGCUUGUCAAUUACCCACUGUUGGACGUGGCAGCAGCCACCACGGGCUCUCCACUCUUGCUGACCCCUGGUCCCUUUGGGGGAGCCCCUGGGCCAGAUGCUCCUCCCCUCACCCCCGAGACCCUGCAGACCCUGUUCUCUGCCCCACGCCUGGGAGAGCCGGGGGCCCGGGCGCCCCUGUUCACCCCCGAGACAGACAAACUGCGUCUGGACAGCCCUUUCCCGUUGCUGGGCUCUGGUGCCACUGGCUAUUCCAAGCCCCCCGGCCUGCUGGGUCCCUUCGGCCGCGCCUUCCCAGAGCACCCCUGGAACUUUAGCCCGUACCUCACCGGCCCCUUCCCCAAGCUGCCCCCACCUCUCUACCCCCCUCACUUCUACCCCAACCCUCUGGCCAGUUCCCUGGGCCACCUGCCCUCAGCAGGGGCAGGGGGAAGCCCCACCGCCACGCCCCUGCUGGCUGCCACCGCGGAGGGCCUGGGCCCCGAGCGCCCCUCGGGCCUGGCAGCAGCCCCUCGCCUGGCACUGCCAAGGGCUGGGGGCCCAGAGGCUGCGCUGGGGGGGAAGGAAGACAGCGACUCGGAGCUGGAGAUUACCGACGUCAGCGGCUGCAGCUCUGACAGCGAGGGCGACGAGGGCCUCCCCGCGCCCCCCAAGGCCAAGGCGGGCAAAGGGGGGGUCGGCAGCUGA